UCUAAAGAUGGGUCUACAUCAGUGUCAACAAAAGACAAAGCUACUUAUGCAGAGAUUCAUAAGGCGAAGUUUGUUGAUGAUGAGGAUGAUGGCUGUAAUUGUGGAGGGGGUCUUUGUGGUUGUGGGCCAAACAGCUGUUCCUGGUGGAAGUGGCUGCUGGGGUUUUUGCUCAGCCUCCUGUUGCUCCUCGGCCUUCUGUUUGGACUCAUUGCUUUAUCUGAGGAGGUAAAGAAACUAAAGUCUCGUGUCAGCGCUCUUGAGGGAAUAACCUCCUCCAUGGCAGCUCACACGAGUCGUCUGUCCGCUCCUAUUGAUGACAUUGACAUAUAUAAAGAAGCUGGAAGUAAAGCGGCAUAUGUUAAUUCACUGGAUUCUGCAGUUUAUUCAGACAAUUCUGUACUGCAAAGAAAUGUACAGCAAAUACUGAAAGCAGAGCUGCAGUCUGAAGCCAUGAAAGCCUUCCUUGCUUCUUCAGUUAAAGCUGAAAGAGGACUUCCAGGGCAUAAAGGUGACACUGGACCUCCAGGAACAAAGGGAGAUAAUGGUUUUCCAGGCCUUCCAGGUCCACCAGGAAUGCCAGGACAUCCAGGAAGAGAAGGACAAAAAGGAAGUGCAGGUACCUGAAACAUUAGGCAGCA